AAAACAUCGGUUCACUUAUACAACAGGGCUAAAUUUUAAAGGUAGAAGAGUAAAACACCGGCGUUGGCACACGACUUGACACAGACCCUGAAUGCCUGAAGCCUUAAGACCUGUCAGUUGCUGAGUAGGUGUUACUGUGAAACUCUUUGGUACCAAUGAUGUUCUUCACCACAUGUACCAUCGCGUAUCUGCUCAUCAGUGAUAUCUCAUCUGUUUCAGCUGUGUGUCCCGGCAGUACAUACGGACCAGACUGUAAAUACGACUGUCACUGUGAUACCAGUGUGACCUGUGACCCUCAGAAUGGUUGUGUAGGGAACUGCGCUGCAGGUUGGGACGGACCCACAUGUCAAAGGCGAAAUGUCGCUCUGGGAAAACCAACAUCUCAAUCGUCAAACUUCAACGGACACACAUCUGAGCUGGCUGUUGAUGGUACACUGGGACAUUCUUACGCGGAUACACCUUGUACGCACACAAGGAGGACACCAAGCCCAGCUUCCUGGAGAGUAACACUGGGCGCCGUGUACUGGAUUAACAACUUCACCAUAUACAACAGAAAAGAAAACUUGGGACGUCGACUCAGCGGCUUCACUUUGUAUGUGAGAAACACCUCCCAGGCUUCUAAAGCCUGUUAUAAAGACACCACACCCAAUACCACGACCCCCGGGCCCAUAGUAACCGGACACUGUACGGGAGGUCCGGUGUCAGGAGACACCGUCAUGAUAACAUCACGUCGAAACGAAUAUCUAACACUUUGUGAAGUUCUCAUCUUCGUGUGUUCCACUGGAUGGUAUGGUGAAAUGUGUGGACGACAAUGUAAUACAACGACAGCCUGUUCCAAAUGUGACGUCACAAGGACACGGUGUACAGAAUGUGUAGAUGGUCGAUGGGAAAAACAUUGUCAAAACAGAUGUGGCCAUUGUUGGGCCGACAAAUGUGAUAAAGUCACUGGGGAAUGUCCUCUAACUGACGGAAACCCAAGAUGCGAUGCUGGCUUUAUGGGUGAGAAUUGUUUGACAGCCUGUGAGGCAGGUACUUACGGCCCAGACUGUAACGAGACCUGUGGAUCAUGUGCAUCUGGACCGGUCAGCUGUAACACUACUUCCGGCCACUGUCAGGGUGAACCCAGAUGCAUGCCGGGAUAUUCUGGUCUGAAAUGUAAAACCUGUGAAGCGGGUAAAUAUGGCUCAGACUGUAACGAGACCUGUGGAUCGUGUGCAAGUGGAUCAGACAGCUGUAACACGACAUCCGGGCACUGUCAGGGUAAACCCAGAUGCAAGCCGGGAUAUUCUGGUCUGAAAUGUAAAACAGUCCCAAUUUCAAACACCGAGGGAGUCGCAGGGGGCGUGACUGGUGUUCUUGUAGCCUGUGCCGUUGUUGUUGCAGUAAUCAUCAUUUACAGGAGGCGUCAUCCGUCAACAAGCAAGGCACAGGCCCACGAUUCGCUGUCAGUGAGGACAAUGGGUGACAUUCAACCAGACGUCGAGGAUCAACAGAGCAAUAGAGAAUAUGAAGCAGAGGACCCAGAAGUUCACGUAGUCCCAGAGGAUCCCGAGGCAACAACGUACGAGAAUCACUUGAGCACGUCAGUUCCUGUAGAGGAAUUCUGGGACUACAUCCAAGAGAAAAUGGCAGCCGAUGGUUUCAAAGCCGAGUUCGCAAAAUUUCCAGCCGGACUCCAUGCCAAAGCUGAAGUGGCAAAUCUUCCAUACAACAAGGCUAAAAGUCGCUACAAGAAUCUUGUCGCAUAUGACCACACUCGUGUCGUCUUGAGACUCCAUGGACCAAAUGACAAAUCGGAUUACAUAAACGCCUGUUACAUUGACGGUUACAACCAGCCUAAGAAAUUCAUCGCCUCUCAAGGUAAAGAUCGCCUCUUUUACUCUUAA